AUGUUAGAGUUGGAUCUUUGGGUGAAUCAACUAGCUCUAUCCUCCACCAAUGAAGAAGAACAAGAAGGAAAGGUUACUACUACUACUACUAAUAAUAAUACUACCAAUAGGAACAACAACAACAACAACGGGGAUACUGUAGAAACUUCUUCAAUUCUAUCAGAUGUGCUUCGCGCCGCCUAUCGUGUUGAUACCCCGUGUCUCUGUCGACACUCAACUGUACAGAAUCGAAACGUAAAUUGCAUUGCCUCACCAAAGUGCUUUGCUGGCUUUCACACAUUAUCAAGCGAUAUGGAUGCGAUCAAAGAGUGCGUUGCAGACAUCGUAGGCGAUGGACCACAAGUAUUACAACUGCCAGGAGAUGAUGAACAGGAAAGAGAAAGAGAAAGAGAAGAAGAUGAGAAAGAAGGAGAUGAAAAGGAUGAUGAUGAUGAUGAUGUUGAAGAAGAUGAUAUGGAGGAGGAUGAGGAAAGAGAGAAAAAUACUGCAGUGGGUGUUGGCGUGAAUACAACACGUACAAUUACUACUACUAGUAGUAAUCGUAAUAGUUUUGGUAGGCGAAAGAAGAUUGUGCCUAUACGAAGAGGAAUUAAAAAUUUAGGUAAUACAUGUUAUUUCAAUGCGGUAUUACAGAUGCUUUUUAAUAUACCAACUGUUCGCAAUGAGGUAUUACGUCUUUAUAGAGAUGGUGAUGUCCUUACCUCCAGUGAGAAUGAACACCAUCCUAAUAAGAUAAAUACAACAACUAAUAAUAGUAAUAAUAGUAAUAAUAAUGAUAAUGAUGAGAUACAUGAAAAAAGGAAUAUAUCAAAAGGAUCAUCAUUAUGUGGAUCUGGUAUAGGUGAGUUAUUUGCAGAAAUGGCAUUUACCCGCGAUGGCUGUGGAGCUAAUCCACAACCUUUUGUUUCUUUUCUCUCACUCGAUACAGGAAUUCAGCAGGAUGCACAAGAGUUCUUUGCCCUCUUGAUUGAAUGGCUACAACGUGAGGGAAGUAAGGCGGUGGGACACACAUUUGAGGGAACUCUUCUCUAUGAUCGUGCCUGUUGGAAUUGUGGAAGAUCAUUUAAACGAGCAGAGCCAUUUUCAUUUCUUUCACUUCCUGUGAAGAGUUCAUUAGAAGAGGCACUCAAUACAUUUCUUCAACCAGAAGAAGUAGAGGGAUUUGUGUGUGAAGGAUGUAAAAGUACCACUACAGCCUCUUCACGUCAAUAUAUUAGAGCCCUUCCAGAUGUUCUUGUGAUUCAUCUCAAUCGCUUUGCAUUUGAUGUGCAAACACUACGGCGAGAGAAGGUAACAUCAACUGUGAGUUUUCCACUUGAGUGGGAUUUGACAAAAUACAUGGAUCAAUGGAAAGAACAACAAAAGGAAAAACAAAAGGAUGAAAAGGAAGUGGGAAAUACUACAGAUAGUCUGAAUCCAUCUUGUUUGGAGUCGGUUUACACACUCAAUGGGAUUGUUAAUCAUCUUGGCGAGACGGCGGAGUGUGGACACUACACCUUCUAUGGUAAGAUGGAUGGAAAUGGUGAUUGGUAUCAAUUUAAUGACGCUAAAGUAACGAAAUUACAACAUCGUUUUCAAGGCACACGUGGUUCUUCAAAGGAAGUUUAUAUGUUAAUAUACCAAAAACGUCCUUUAUCUACUACAAUGAGAGAUAAUAUUCGUGAAUUCCAUGUAUACCCAAAAGGGAUGGGAACAGCAGCAGCAGCAGCAGGUAAUGAUGUUGUUGAUUAUCCUAUCAUGAUGCCGCAACUUCCUCCUCGUCUCUUUAAACACAUACAACGUCUUAAUCAUGAAUUACUGAUUGCACAACAGACAUGGCAACUGCGACGAACAGAGGUAAUGUCUUUUAUGCAGCAAUGGGCUGAAAUCGUACGGGAACUAUUUGUUGGGUUUUCAUUAGGGAAUAAUACACGACUAACAAGUGAAGAGUUGUGGGAGAACAAGAAUGUGGAUGAGUACUUUGCUCUUCCCUCCAAUUGGGUACAACUGCUGGGUCGUUGUUUUCUUCCAUCGUAUGUGAAUGUACGGAGAUAUGGGGAUGGUGAAAAACGUAAAAAACGACUACGUAGUGGUGUUGAUACUACUACUAAUACUAAUAUUACUAUUAAUGUUAAUACUAUUACUAGUGAAACUGGAAACAAUGAGUUUGGUAUUCCUACUGUUAUUUCAGGAUCUGAGGUGGAUGAAACUGGCUGUCUGCAGGCGACCACAGAUAUAAUGAAUGAUGGAACCCCAGGAUAUAUUCUCUUUGGAGGUGUUAAACACGCCAUUUCACUUCUUGAUCAGAUGAAUGAUACCCGCUGUUCACACGGCAAGUUAGCACCAUGGGGAAACUAUAAAUUUGUUCCUUCUACAAUAGUCAUGAAGUUAGCAUUACUGUUGAAAGGCACUUCAACAUCACUAGACUCUUCUCCUGCAACGGAUGAGGAGGAGGUGUAUGGUCCUUUUGCCCGUUGGCGAGUGAAGGAUUACUUCUGUGAGACCUGUGCUGUUUGCAUGGCAAAGAAAGUAUUGCGACAGAAGGAGUUAUGGGAUGAGGAGAGUGCGGCAUUAGCGUUGUUGAACUCCACCUGUAAAGGAACCACGAAUAAUCCAAACACUGACACUACUAAUACUACUACUACUACUAACAUCAUCAUUGACCAGAAUAAUAAUAAUAAUAAUAAUAAUAAUAAUAAUAAUAAUAAUAAUAGCGGAGAGGCGGCGAAGGAGGAUGUAUAUGUGUAUGUGAGUGAAAGCGUGAUUGAGUGUUGGGAAGAUUCUCGUAUGUCAAGUACCAAAUGGAAGGAUAUAGUAAAUCGUCAAGGUUUCACUGGACUCUUUACCGUUUCCCACCUACAGAAACAGGAAAAGGAAAAGAAGCAACAACAACAACAACAACAGUGGGAAGAAGAUAGUGUUCUCAUCUCAACACCUCCAAUUCCUGAUGUGGGCAAGUUACUUUGUGAACAUGGUCUAAUCGCUCCAUCUGCGGCAGUUCGUGUUGUUCCUGUUAAUCUUUGGUUCUAUCUUCGCGAACGAGUUCUGCGACCUCUCUUCCAUGAUGAUAAGAAUAUUAAUAAUAAUAAUGAUAGUGAUGUUUGGAUGGAUCAGAUGUUGCCGUAUCUGCCCACUCACACAACGCCCAAAUGCCCAAACUGCAUUCAACAGAGUGUCACUACAACAAGCGAACGUCACAGGAUGAGAGUGGCAAAGAUGGAAGAACGAAAACGAUUUGCAACGAUUGCCACUGCAAGUCAACUCCUCUCUGCCUCACUUGCCGAUAUGUUAUCACAACAUCCAAAUCGUUCUAUUUGGAAGCGAGAUCUUGAACGCGCCUUUCGCGAGCACCGACGUUCAUGGGAAAAGGACCGGGAUUCCGCUGUUGCAGCAUUAGAGAAGAAGAUCGAGACAUUGAAAAGAGAGGAAAAAGAACAGAAAACGGCACAGGCUAAUUGGAAUGUUAGAGUAGUGCGUACAGGAGGCAAAAGGCGUAAUGUAAAUCGAUCGAAUGAGUCACCACCAGGAGGAGAGAUUCAACCUACAGCAUUAACUCCUCCAGCGGAUACUACUACUACUACUACUACUACUACUACUACUACUACUACUACUACUACUACUACUAAUACUAAUACUACUAGUACUACUUUAUCUCCAGUGGAGUUGACAGAGAAGGCACUUCAAUCAAAACUGGCUGAAACUUGUCCAGAGAUGUGCACUUUAUACGGCUGUGUUCCACUCUGGUGGGUGCGGGAGUGGCGGCAGUGGUGUGCAGAUGUGGACGGUGUUGUUCAGCCACCACCGCGUUUUCAUCACGCCGCCCUACGCUGCCCUCAUGGCGGUGCAAUACUCCCACCGCAUCUACUUAAUUCCACAGAUCCGUUUUGGGAGGCGAAGUCUACUGCCAAACACCUCUGGCAAGUACUCCAGCGUCGGGCAGUCAGUCUUGACACUAAUAAUAAUAAUAAUAAUAAUAAUAAUAACGAUAAUGAUAAUGAUGAUGUUGUUUUCGUUUCGGGUAGUCAUGAUGUUAUUGCUGAGGAUAGUAGUGACCCAUUAGGGAUUCCCCCAUUGGUGUUAGUACCUAUGAAGGAGUUUCUGAGUAUAUUGGAAGUCUACGGAGAUUCAGACAUGCUUCUUCCAAUGGAAGAUAAUAAUAUGGAGAAUGCUGAACGGAAAGUAAACAGAGAGAAAGUUGUACUCUUUGUAGAACGUAACACAGAUCGUAUGUUUGAUCCCCCAUCAUGUGAAAAGUGUGUGGCCACACUUCUUGACAGUGUGACGGAAUCCUCUCGUUGUUUUAUGAAUGGUUCACUCAAACUACAAUUGCACCUUCGACGUAGUAAGAAGAACUUCUACGACGCCAAUGAUAUCCUUCGCGGUGUACACCACAACACCACACUGCGUGAACUCAAAUUGGCGAUAGCACGACAGGUGGCAAAUGCACAUCAGUUUAUUUUACCAACAGAUGAGAUGGAGCUUUUACGUGGACGUAAACCACUUCGUCGAAAUCGAGGUCGAGUCAGUGAAAAGAAGGGAUCUUCUUAUCCUAAUGAGGUUCGUACUUCACAGCGGGUGGUUGUGGAUGUGGAUGCCGACCCCACUCCCUCUUCCUCACAGAAAGAUAAAAAUAAUAAUAAUAAUAAUAAUAAUAAUAAUAAUAAUAAUAAUAAUAAUAAUAAUAAUAAUAAUGAGGAGGAAGAGGGAUGUACACUGUUUGAAUGUGGACUCUGUGAUGGGGAUGUGCUCACAGUAAACGCCACAGAGCGGGUUCUCACAAAAAUAAAAGAUAUCGAAGAUGAAGUGGAAGUGUGGGAGGAAGUACCACCGGAGGUAUUACGGCAGAUGGAGGAACAACAAACCGCCUUCGCCGCAACGCGGCUUUACACUGCUGUGAAUGAAGGCGGAAAGAAUAAUGAGAGAACGGCAGUGAUGAGAGGAACGACGGCGGAGGUGCAGUUGGCAUGUGAGGUGUGUACGUUUAUUAAUUCACCUGGACGAGUUUGCUGUGAAAUGUGUGAGACACCACUGAAGAAGUGA